AAAAUCUCUCUCUCUCUCUCUGUAUAUAAUAUGGAAUAAAAAAGAGAAGAAACAUUGAGCAUGUAUGUAUAUAUACUCUUGAAUCCUUCAUUUUUUGCGGCAAAUAAAUAUAUUCUUCAAUCUUGCUUCUGCUAAUUACUCAAUUCAUCCUCUAAAGCAAUUCAAUUCAAUUCAAAUGCUCCUCCUCCUCGCACCUCAUUUCUAGAGAGAGAGAGCGCUAGCUUCAACAAACCACAAACACUGCACACAUCUCUAUCUUCAAUUUCAGCUAGCUAGCGUCGACGAUCGAGAUGAUGUUUGAUCUCAAUCUGAGCGUCGGCUGCAAUGGCAGGCAGUCUCCGGCGACGUCCGUCUCGUCGGUGGUGGACGGCGCCGGAGAGACCAGCUCCAGCAACGACGACGCCUCCUCCUCCGUCGCAUUGAACUUCGGCAUCAUCGGCGCCGAUCGCGAUCGCGGCGCGCUGGUGACGCGGGAGCUGUUCCCGGCGAGUCGACUCGGCGAGUUGAGUGACCCGGUGAGUCUCGGCGCCCCGACUCGGACGGUGAUGCCGGCACAGCAGCAGGUACAACAGGUGCAAGCGCGGAAGAGCCGCAGGGGCCCCAGGUCGAGAAGCUCCCAAUACAGAGGGGUUACGUUUUAUAGAAGAACUGGCAGAUGGGAAUCGCAUAUUUGGGAUUGUGGGAAACAAGUUUAUUUGGGUGGAUUUGACACUGCUCUUGCCGCAGCUAGAGCUUAUGAUAGAGCUGCAAUAAAGUUCCGUGGUGUCGACGCCGACAUCAACUUCAACCUAUGCGACUAUGAGGAAGAUAUGAAACAUACGAAGAACAUGUCGAAGGAGGAGUUCGUGCACAUACUACGACGACAGAGCACCGGAUUCUCGAGGGGGAGCUCCAAAUUCAGAGGAGUCACGCUGCACAAAUGCGGGCGUUGGGAGGCUCGAAUGGGCCAGUUUCUCGGCAAGAAGUAUAUAUAUCUUGGGCUAUUCGACACUGAAGUAGAGGCAGCAAGGGCUUAUGAUAAGGCAGCCAUCAAGUGUAACGGCAGGGAAGCCGUCACCAACUUCGACUCCACCUCAUACGACGGGGAGAUGAUGCCCCAUUCAUCAGGUAGUGGGAACGAUCUCGAUCUGAACUUGGGGAUUUCGACGUCUUCUCCCAAGGAGACUGCAAAUUUGGGGAGUUUUCAGUUUCAAAAUGCAAACAUGUUCAAGCUCCAUGUCGAGAACUCUGCUGCUACGAAGCCGUGUGAUUCGCCGUUGAACGGAUUGCCAGUGAUACUAAAUCCUCCAAACUAUGAGGUGAACAUAUUGAUGACUGAUGAUCGUAGUUUAUAUUUUCAUGUUUCACUCCAAUGCUCGUCUAAGGCCAUCGUUCUUUUUUUUUGUUGUUUUUUUUUCGUGCAGGAAAGGGCCGGCCAGGGACGAACGGGAUUGGGUUCUACUUCAGAGGAAGUAGUGAAGUGGGCGUGGCGAAUGCAUGAUCAAGUUCGCGCAACACCAAUAAUUGCAGCAUCAUCAGGAUUCUCGUCACCGUAUCCGACAGCCCUAAAUUUCUGCUUCUCUUCGAAUCCCACGAACGUCUCUCAUAUCAGAUCGUCGUCUCCACGCCGUUAGUGUGGGAGAUUUGUUUCUUGGUUUUCCUUUUCUUGACCGGAAAUAUUGAAUACUUAGAGAAAAUUGGUUUGUUGAUGGAGGUGUAGUUAAGGUGUCUCUUGCUGUUAGAUUGUAAUAAUGCAUCUUGUAUCAAAGGAAUUUUGUUAUUACAUUGUGCAAGAUUAUUAUAGACAACAUGUCAUGAUCAAA